UUAAAAACAAAUAAACAUUACAAAAACAAAAAUUAAAAUUAAAUUAAUUCUAACUACUAGUAAAAACAAAAUCAUAAUAAAAUAUACUUUAUCAUUUAAUCCUUUCAGACAUAAAAAAAAAAUGCUCUGGUUGUCUUCUCUCUCUCCCUCUUAGAGCUGGGACUCAAAUUUAGGCGGAGAUUCCGACACUAACCCAACACCCAAUGGCUCCUUGUCUCAGCCCGACCCUUCUCUUUUCCCUCUUUCUCUUGAACAGCAAGAUGCCCAUCUAAAACUCCACGAUGCCCAGCCCCAACCGGAUACUCAAGAUGCUGAAAUCAACGAAGAUGAGGACGAUGAAGACGAUGAUGAAGCUGAUAAUGAUGAUGCUAAUGAAAACACUGAGCGUCCCAAGCUUGACGACGGCUUCUACGAAAUCGAAGCCAUUCGCCGUAAAAGGGUCCGCAAGGGUCAGCUUCAGUACCUCAUCAAAUGGCGUGGUUGGCCAGAGACAGCUAACACCUGGGAGCCUUUGGAGAAUCUCCAGUCAUGCUCUGAUGUUAUUGAGUCAUUUGAAGAGAGCAUCCACACAAGACAUCAUUCGAAGAUUCAAAGAUGGUCACAAUAACUUUGAUGAGUUUCCAGAGAAGGUUGCUCUACAGUUGAAUGAUACUCAUCCAUCACUUGCCAUAGCUGAACUCAUGAGAGUUCUUGUCGAUGAAGAGAAUUUGGAUUGGGAUAGAGCAUGGGGAUUGUUUGUGCUUUCUUGUUAAUGGAUAGCUUUGGAAGAAGGCUAUGCUCAUCUAUUUGAAGAGAAGUGUAUAUGAGAAGUAUAUAGAAUAUUACUACCUCUUUAUAUAAGUUUCAGGUAUGACUCUUCAAUUUGUAUUGUGUAGUUAUUGAACAUAUUUCCUUUAGUCUUUUUGAGAGUUAAUUUCUUACCAAAGUCGCUGUUUCCUUGCUGCUUCAUGACCAUUUUUUUCCAAUUUAACAAUUGUUGUUUUCAAUACCAUUAUAUAAUUGGGUAUUCAUGUAAGUUAGGAUCUAGGAUCUGUUGCAUAUUUGGCUUUGGAUGAUUAGUGUCCUGUCUUAAACUGAGACUUCUAUCAUUGUUGUUUCUGUUCACUUUUUUUUUGUCUUUACUUAGUCAAGAAAGACUGUAAGACUUGUUCAAUAUUUUGAAGUCACAUAAAGUUCACAAAUUACGUGUGUAGCUUUCUUGUUAUUGCUGAUUAUUGAAUUUUGUUUAUUUGUCUACUUGUUGUAUUCCUUUUACUUUUAAUAUUUUAAAAUUUUAAUAUUGAAUUCUCAUUACGUCUCAUAAUUGACUGGACUUUUGACAUCAGUUUUCUUAAAUUUUUUGAAAAAAUUGGUAAGUAGUAGGUUAUAGAGCUGCUGUGAUUAUUUCCGGAAACAUAUUGUUGGGGUUAGAGCAAAUGAUACCAAGCUUUGUUUUGUGAUUACUCUGUUUAGUCAAAAUGAGCUUAAACUUUGAAUAUAUAUAUAGGUUUAUCACAAAUUUAAUAUUGAGUAUUGAAUUUCAAGUGCCCCUAGUGACCUUUGUGCCUUGACUAAAAUGCAUGAGCUUCCGUAUAUUUAUAAAUAAAUAAAUAAAAAAUUGUCAUUUUCUUGAACGACAUCAGCGUUAUCAUGGUCUCUUGUCUGUGACAUCCUCAGCUAGCCUUGCAAAGAUAGGCCUUACUGUCUUUUUAAUAGGACGCAUUCCUAUCUGGUUUUGAAUUCUGAAGUGGUUUAAAUGAGUAGAUAGACCUGAGACAAAAUUUACCAACUUUUUGCCAUUUCUAAUGUUCAAACUUGCAGAAAGACUUAAUCCCAGUUUUGCAAGAGACAGGUAGGUUACACAAGGCAAUCUCAUCUGAUGUUGGAUGAUUUCAUUAAGAAAUAUUGAAGGGAAGUUUGGGCAGAAAGGAAAGGACUAUGUUAAGUGGGCAGCAAAAAUGGCUUUAAGCCUUGGUGCUGGGGUUCCAUGGGUGAUGUGCAGCAAACUGAUGCUCCGGAUGAAGUUGUAAGGUCUUAGCCAAUGCUUUAAAUUUUCUGAACUUAUAUAUUAUGGCUGUAAGAAUGUAUAGGGACAGGUGAAACUUUCAGAGUAGUGGCGGUUAAAUUUUAUCAAGUGUGGUAUCUUAAUAUGCUGUUUUUCAUAAAUUACUUUCUUCAUUUACAGAUAGAUGCAUGCAAUGGAUACUACUGUGACGGUUAUAGGCCAAAUUCAGAUGCUGAUCCAUCGAUAUUAACAAUUUGAUGGCACCGCCUCCACCACCUCCAAUAGACCAAGCUUCAGAUGCAAAUUUAAGAGAGUCGCCAUCUAUUUUAGUUCGGGAGUCACAAGAUGAUUCUUAGUUUAUUUACAUUAAUUUACUAAAGAAUGAACUUUAUGAAGUUUUUUUUUUUUAUUUUGGUAGGGGUAACCUUAAAAUGAUAACUUUAUGACUUAUUUUAGUAUUGAACAUUAUAAAGAAUUUUAGCAUUAAACAUUUUAUUAUUGAA